GGCGGACGAAACCUUCCAUUCCGAUGGUGAGAUGAACAACAUUGGCAGUAACCACGAAACAGACGAAGAAAAACUAGAAAAAUUGCAUUUUAAAAAAGUGGUGGAGGCAUUUUUGUUUUAUAAGGAGUUUUCUUCAAGACGCGUUAAUAAAAUUGAAACCAGUUUCAGUGAAAUCCCAAGUCAUCAUCGUGAGAUGCUCCCUGACUACACUAAACACAUCAAAGAAGUUAGGAGAUGUAUURAUGUUAACCAGGAAUUCCUACGAARUAUUGCUAGUUGUACGGAAGGAAUGUUCGAUAAUAGAGAUACUGGACAAUGUAGUGGUGAAAGUGAAGGUCCACUUCAUUCCCUUCCACCAAUCACUAGCUUUGAUAUGGAUAAAAUCAGUACGACCUUAAAGCAGUUUGUGAGGGACUGGGCUGAAGAGGGAAAAUCUGAAAGAGAUGCAUGCUACACACCAAUCUUACAGCAAAUCAAAGAACUCUUUCCUCCUUCAAAAAUUUGYGCUAAAGAUGUAUCCAUUCUUGUUCCUGGGGCAGGACUUGGRAGAUUGAUGUUUGAAAUUGCAAAAUUAGGUUAUAAGUGUCAAGGAAACGAAUGGAGUUUAUACAUGUUGUUUGCCUCACACUACAUACUAAACAGAUCAUCUGGAAUUCAUGAUUCUGUCAUUCAUCCAUAUAUUGGCCAAUGGUGUAAUGUCAAAGCAUCAGCUGACCAGGUUCGUCCAAUCAGAAUACCUGAUGUGGAUCCACGGGAUAUYGAACCAGGAGUAGAAUUCUCAAUGGCUGCUGGGAAUUUUSUGGAUGUKUAUGUAGAAAAAAAUUACUGGGAUUGCAUUGCUACAUGUUUCUUUAUCGACACAGCACAUAAUGUCAUAGCUUAUAUUGAACAUAUAUGGAACAUACUAAAGCCUGGUGGCUAUUGGAUAAACUUAGGACCAUUACUAUAUCACUUCUCUGGCAUWGCCAAUGAAUUAUCACUAGACCUCAGCUAUGAAGAUAUCAAAAGAAUUAUAACAAAACAUUUUCCCUUUGAAAUUUUGAAAGAAGAAAUCAACUUGUCCUCUGGUUACGUGGAAAAUUGCCGAUCGAUGUUAAAGAUGAACUAUGAAAGUGUUUUCUUUGUUGCAAGAAAACCAAGUUAAUUGUAAAGUUAUGGACUAGAAUUAUUCAAAAUGUGGAUUAAUAUGAAUUAAACAAGAYUGUUUCAUUACUGUAUAUAUGAUACCAAGUGAAAUGAAAUCAGAAUUGACAAGUCACAAUGCUUCCUCCAGUUAUAAUUGGUUAGAAUAUUUUAAUAAUUAUAUACCAAACUGUAUAUAUUAAUAUCCUUUCUUAAGGACUGAUU